AAAGCAGCUAAAAAGGGCGUGCACCACGUACGAGUUGUUGUGAAAGGCCUUGGACCUGGGCGGUUGGCCGCCAUCCAGGGCUUAGCCUUAGGGGGGCUGGAAGUGAUCUCCAUCACGGACAACACUCCGGUACCGCACAACGGCUGCCGUCCUCGGAAAGCGCGAAGGCUCUGAGGAAUGGAAGCAGGAGAGAGAGAGCGAGAAAGAAGAGAUUCUGACUGCUUCUCCAAUAGCUUGGGUGGCCAUCUUCAGGCAGCUGUUCAUCUUUCUGCAACUUUCAGACGAGAACUAAAGACAGACUUGGGGCUUUGCCCACAGGAAGGCAAGCCAGAGACUAUGUUGAUAAAGUGUGAAUGUUAAAAAAAAAAAGUUGCCUCCACCUCACAGAGGCUUAUUGAAUUACAAUUUUGCUUGGG